UGAGUUAUCUACCUUGAAAUUACAUGUGCUAGAAGUGAUUGAAACAUGACAUGGCUUUCAUCAUUAAGUCAGCGAAAACUGUUCGGACGCACUGGAAGAAAUCAACAUUCGGUGCAUGUCUGCUAAUGUAUGGUGUUAAGUUUGGUAAUGAAAAAGAGCGCUUCUUCACCUAUAAACAAUGUUCAAGAGAGGAGCUGAUCAGGAGGGAGUUCUGUGCAGAAGCAGUGGGAUAUGGCAGUAAAAUCAUGUUGUAUAAUGAGAAGCCGCGGCGAGUGACAGUCUUCCUGAACCCAGCAGUUAAAGGAGGAAAAGGGACCAAACUGUUCACCAAGACUGCAGCCCCCAUCUUGUACCUGUCUGGGAUGGAGGUGAAUGUCGUAAAGACGGAGUACGAAGGCCAAGUGAAGGAGUUUAUCAAAGUCUUGGAGUCCCAGGACACUGACGCCAUUGUCAUCGCCGGCGGUGACGGCACUCUCCUGGAGGCUGUCACUGGCUUGAUGAGGAAAGAAGACAAGAACCUCCGAAACAACAUACCUAUUGGAAUUAUCCCCCUUGGCAAGACAAAUCGGUUUGCCAAGCUGUUGUUUGGAAACGAUCUGAAUCAAGUCAGACUAAUUGCGGAGUCUGCCAUGGCAAUCAUCAAGGGAGACACCAGCCAGUUUGAUGUGAUGAAGAUAGAGGUGGGGGAAUAUGUGGAAUAUUAUUUUAUUUUCAAAAAUCAUGUUCUGCUGAAACAUUCAGUUGUGGGGAGGAGGGGGAAGACCACCUAUGCUGUGUCUGGUCUGGAAGCAGGGCUGUACCGAGAUGCUGAACAGAGGAAGGUCAAGAACUGGUAUUUUGGCCCACUGAAGCAUUACUGGACAUAUAUCCGAACCACACUGAGGAACGACUGGCCGGCCAACUUCAAAGGGAAGAUGAGUUACGUGGAGGCAACAUCAGAGAACACCAAACUCGUGGCUCCCAAAGUUGAAGCUCCACCCAAGUCCAGAACAUGGAGUUGGCUUGGGCUGCUGUACAACCAGUCACCUAAACCUGCUGCGUCAACAAGUGACUUUGUCAUGGACAGCUCUACGGAUGCAGAACAAGAGCGAGAUAUUGCUGCAGUUGAGCUGACGGUCAUGUCUUCAAAUUACAAGAAUGAGAAUACAGUUCCAUCUUUAGCGGUUGGCAUUGGACCUGCAGAACCUGGCCGACAGGAGUUAAUAUCGGAAGGAUGGAGGAGAGUGAAGAAGAGGGAGACAACUCUCUCCCUAGGAACUGACUCCAAUGAACAGAUUCAUGUGAAGUCUAUGCGACUUGUGCCUGAUCAAGAAACUUGUGAAGGUCAGUGGUUCAACAUCGACGGAGAGGCCUUCGAGGCAAUGCCUAUCACCAUCAGCCUGUUGCGGAACAAGCUACGAGUAUACACCCGACCUGUCUCGGUCACAUGAUGCUAAGCCUGUCUUAGUUUUCUAGUAUACGGAAGUACGUGGAACAGGUGCUUCUUGAAAUGUAAUGAUCUGUAGGCUUGUAUUGCCACAGUGGACAUAUUUGGGCAUAUUUUGUGUUGAUAUGUGACUGUAUGUAGUGGUUAAAAUGUUCGCUCGUCAUGCCGAAGACACGCCAUGGAUGCGUGAAGCCCAUUUCUGGUCUACCCUGCCAUGAUAUCGUUGGAACAUUGCUAAGGCCGCAUAAAAUCAUUCUCACUCACUGUAUGGACUAUGUCAUGUAAGACUGUAUUGUAUGACAGUUUAUCAAACACGCUGUGUCCCUACAGCAGCCUCUAUUCUGUUGUCUGUAGGUACAGGCAGCCAGUUGUCGCUGUACAUACAUGUGCAUAGCUGAGUUGGUGUGUCUGCUGUGAAAAAAUUCAAAACUCAACAAAUUAAAUUUUCAGUAAUGAUUUACUUAAAAACUGUGUAUGUAUACAAUAUCAACCAUUAAAUAUGAGUAUGAUUUGAAGCAUUGCACAGAUUGGUAUGGAAGUCAGCGUCAUGGUGACAGUUCAACAGGCACCAUGUGUACAUAGUAUACAAAAUACAUCUCAUUAAACUAAUACACAAAGUC